UGCUGCGUCAGGCCUUUAAACAAUGGAGGGGCAAACAGUCUUUGUGUCCUGCCAGGUAUAAAUAUAACUUGUGCAGACAGGCAGUGCAUCAGUUCAAACAGUUCUCUGAGAGAUCUGACCAACCACCGCAGUCAACAUGGGCAAGAUCAUCUUCUACGAGGAGAAGAACUUCCAGGGUCGCUCCUAUGAGUGCAUGAGCGACUGCCCUGACAUGUCCUCCUACCUGAGCAGGUGUCACUCCUGCAGGGUGGAGAGUGGCUGCUUCAUGGUCUACGACCGCCCCAACUUCAUGGGAAAUCAGUUCUUCAUGAGGAGGGGCGAGUACGCCGACUACAUGAGCAUGAUGGGCAUGACCGGUGGUAUCAGGUCUUGCCGUAUGAUCCCCAUGCACAGAGGCCAGUUCAGGAUGAGGAUUUACGAGAGGGAGAACUUCACCGGUCAGAUGUCUGAGCUGAUGGACGACUGCGACAACAUCAUGGACCGUUACCGCAUGUCCGACUGCAUGUCCUCCCAGGUGAUGGACGGCCACUGGCUGAUGUACGAGCAGCCCCACUUCAGAGGCAGGAUGAUGUACCUGAGGCCCGGAGAGUACAGGAGCUUCAGGGAGAUGGGAAUGAGCGGCAUGAGGUUCAUGAGCAUGAGGCGCAUCAUGGACAUGUGCUAAUUGUACAUACUGACGUCAAUAAAUGAUGUAAAUUUCUAAA